AUGCAUCGCUCAUCAUAUGUUAACUUCCACCGCCAAAUUCUCCGCCAAAACCACCUAACCCAGCCGAUUGCCAAUUGUGUUACCAAACCUUGUGAUGUGUUCAUUAACCAUAGAGGGAUCGACACAAAGCGCACGGUUGUUACUUUGCUUUACGAUCACCUUUUCCGGUUAAACCUACAUCCUUUCUUGGACAACAAGAAUAUGAAGCCAGGAGACAAGUUGUUUGAUAAUAUCAAUAGCGCAAUAAGGAAAUGUAAGGUUGGUGUAGCUGUGUUUUCUCCUACGUAUUGUGAGUCAUAUUUCUGCCUUCAUGAAUUAGCUCUUUUUAUGGAGUCAAAGAAAAAGGUUAUUCCUAUCUUUUGUGACAUCAAGCCGUCACAACUUCGUGUUGCCAAUGAUGGAAAACGUCCCAUGGAGGAAAUCCGGAGGUUUCGACGGGCUCUUGAAGAGGCCAAGUACACUGUAGGACUCACCUUCGACUCCUUAAAAGGGAACUGGUCAGAAGUUGUAACAAGUGCGUCGGAUAUUGUCAUCAAAACCUUAGUUGAGAUUGAGAGUGAAAAGCAAAUGCAGCGCCGUAAAACACUCCAAUAUUGCGUGCCUAAUAAAUAA